CGAAGAGAAGUCAGUACGUGAAAAAGAAAAGACUGCAAAGCCAGCGUCAUCGCCUCGGUUGCUCACUCUCGGCCCGGCAGCUCCCCGCUCCGGUGGCGUGCCUCGUUGAAUCGGCCGGAAUGGCGGGAGGCGGGAGCGGCGGCGAGGCGUACACGACGGACGAGGCUCUGUCGCGGCUCGGCUUCGGCAGGUUCCAGGUCCUCCUGCUCGGGUUCUUGGGCACCGGCUGGGUCGCGGACGCCAUGGAGGUCAUGCUGCUGUCCUUCGUGGGGCCAUCGGUCAAGGAGGAGUGGGGAGUCUCCGGCGGGGAGGAGGGACUCAUCACCAGCGUCGUCUUCGCAGGAAUGCUCCUCGGGGCGUGCGUCGGAGGCCUCGGUUCAGACAGAUACGGUAGGAGGGCUGGUUUUCUGUUCACUGCACUUGUCAGUGGUAUACCUGGUUUUCUCUGCGCCUUCUCACCGAACUAUGCAACCUUGCUGGCUCUGCGCUUUCUCGUUGGCCUUGGGCUGGGUGCUAGCCAUGUGCUUCCCACUUGGUUUCUGGAAUUUGUUCCAGCUGAGAAUAGGGGUUUCUGGAUUGCUGUUUUUACUUGUUUUUGGACAUUUGGAACAAUAUUGGAGGCUCUACUUGCUUGGGCUAUCAUGCCAAUACUUGGAUGGAGGUGGUUGCUUGCAUUGUCCUCCUCACCUUGCUUCAUCCUGCUGAUUUUCUCUACUUUAGUACCUGAAUCACCAAGGUACCUUUGCUCGAGAGGUAAAAUAAGUGAAGCUAUGCUUGUGUUGGAGAGAAUAGCAAGAAUGAAUAACAGGGCUCUCCCUCCUGGCAUUCUAACUUCUGACCCAAAAGGGAGAGUCGACAACAACCUUGAUGCUUCUGUUACAACAGUUCUGAUUAUGCCAGAAGAUAGUCCCAGAAUCGAUGAUACAAGCUCCAAAUCCAACGGCAUCAAUGCAUUUCUUGCUCUUUGGUCGCGUGACCUGAUCAGAUCAACUCUUCUUCUUUGGCUAGUCACUUUUGCAAGUUUUAUUGCCUAUUUCGGAAUAAUAUUGCUAACCUCUGAACUAAGCAAUGGCAAGAGGACCUGUGGAUCAGUAGGACCACAUUUGAUGCGAACAAAGGAUUCCAGCCUUUACAUAAAUGUGUUGGUGACCAGUUUUGCAGAGUUUCCCGGUCUUCUUUUGGCGGCUUUAUUGGUUGACAGGAUUGGUCGGAGAGUGUCAUUGGGAGGCAUGAUUUUGUUGUGCUGUGCUUUUCUUGCACCGCUUAUGCAGUGGGGAGGAGGCUUAGCAAUCACCCUUCUCUUCUGUGCCCGGACUUGUAUCAUGGGGUGCUUCGCCAUUCUACAUGUUUAUUCCCCUGAGAUCUACCCUACAUGGUGUCGCAACACUGGAGUUGGAGUUGCCCAUUCUAUUGGCCGGAUUGGAAGCAUAGUUGGUCCUCUCGUGACAACUACAUUGCUAGAGAACUGCGGUCAGAAAGAAGCGGUGAUUGUGAUCGACGUGGCGCUCUUUCUUGCAGGAGUGGCGUGUGCCCUAUUCCCUCUUGAGACCAAGGGCCAUGAAAUGUAAUGAGUUGGACUCAAUUGUGAUAUAUAUGCCAUCUUUUUGGUAUCAUUACAUUUUCCAUAUCUUUUUGUAGCCCUUGCUUUUUGUAUGGCUGAUGAUUCCUGUAUAGAUACAUGUGAAUGAAAUAAGUAUAUCACAAGUUCUUUUUCUUUUUGCUUGAUUUA